AUGGAUCAAGUUCAUGAGCCACUUUUAAAACAGUGUAUUGCUUCGCUUACUUUAAAUAACAAUAUACUUAAACAGAACCCUUGUGAUAAUUUUUGCUUGCUAAAGAAUGAUACAAGCUCUAACCAACAAGCAGCCAAAACUGUGUCCCUAGUGCUAACACGUCUUACUAAUUCAGUCAGCACAUACGUUCAUGUUCUUCGCUGUAAUGUUUGCGAUUACUUGACUCUGAAUCCUACCUCACUGAAGGAACAUUUUCGUUUACGACACCCAAGUUCUCUGGGAUUUCUCACCUAUACUUGUUCCCAAUGUUCAAGCAUGUCAACGGAGCGGUCCCUGAUGGAGGAGCACUUGAGAAUAUAUCAUAAAAUAACCGAAAACCCAGCUGCGAAACUUAUUGAAAGGUUUCAUACUCCAACAACAGCAUCUGAUGCGCUCGGUUUUAAUUGCAUCUCACCCUCUACUACGUCUGGAAGCACGCUUCCUCUCAGUCUGACAAAUUCCAAUGCAGCUAUUGCACAAAAUAGUCUUGCUCUAAAUCUCGUUAAUGCAAUAGUGGCCUUACAGCAUGCCAACAAGACUCAUUCGCAACAGGCGACAGUAAGUACUGCCUCCUCAUCAUGUACCACUUGUACAGUUUCUACUGUUUCCCCAACAAAAAACACAAUUAUUACUCCCACAGCUGAAAACAUAGAAAAUGCAGAGCCGGAUACUAAUUUGGAUAUGCAGAUAUUCCAAGACGGAUCCGUCACGGUUGAAGCCCAGACGUCUGCUUCAGGAAGCCCAGCAUUUGCCAUCAGCGGGUCUCGUCGCAGAAAGGCAACUACUCCCGGACGCAUCUGUCUGUCAGCAUCAAAGUCUACGAAUAGCUCUUCAUCACCCGAAGAGGGUGAUGUGAGUACAUGCAAGACAAAUCAAUCAGUAACCAAUUCUAUAAAAAAUGAAACUGCGAAUACUAACUUUUCGCCGGGAGCAAAACGUGGUUUUUUAUCCGGUUUAGAUGAAGUUGACGGACAGAUAAAAGAUGACAGUGUUGGUUCACCAAAGUCUAAACGAAUAUGUAAAGAUGUAGACAAUACAGGAACAGAUACAAAUAUCACAAAAUGUGUCUCUUUCUCAAACAUCACACCAUUUUGCUUACCUAUUGGAAAUUCACUAGCCGACAACAAGCAGUCCUUUCUUUGGACAACUGAUCCAUUGUCUAGUCUACCUGAAAACGUUAUUUGUGGUCUGUCCACAACAAUCAUGAAUAAUCCGCAAACAUCAACAUUGAGUAAUUCUGGAGAUAAUUCAAUGACAACAAGCACAGGACAUCAUACUGAAUUACAGACAACACAAAAUCAUCCAUCUGCAUGGGUUUUAGCCAAUCCAUCUGGUAAUUUAUCAUGUAAUUUGACCCAGCAAGCAGAAUUAACCGCACUACAACCUACUUUAUUUGUGCCUGUACCAACCCUUGGUGAUUCAUCUGUGACUCCAGCUCUAAAAGUCCCGCAGUCAUUGGAUACGUCGACAACUAACCCUUUGGCAAACUGUGCUGGAAUUUUACGUUAUCCUGAUAUAAUUGAGGCUUUAAAAUCUAUGGCUGCCAGUGGAAAUCUAAUAUCGGCCAUUAACGUACCAUCUUCAUCAUAUUCGACAAAUAUCCAAACACAAACAAACAAUUCAUCAAAUUGUAACGAUAACAUUGAACGCUUACAGUCGGCUUCACAGAUAAGCUCACCUAACCUAUCUAGUUCAAAUAAUCUUGCAGCCUUAGUGGCUCAUCUGACUGCAUCAAGUAAUUCAAGAACAAUUCCACAAUCAGUUACAACAAAUAUUCCAAAUACAACCUGUGGUAUUACAUCUACUGAUAAUAAUACAGCUGAUACCUUGCCUUUUAGUACAAAAUCUACUUCUGAAAGUUCAAAUAUUUCAAAUUUUAAUACAUUAGUUUCUCCUACACCAUUAUACACCAAGGUUGAUCAAAUAGAUUCAGAUGGAACUUCACUAGUUCCUGGAUUAACAUCUGUGAAUAACAUUGGAACCAAUGAAGAUAUCAAUUUUCCUUCAAAUGAUCAAGCUCUAGAUAUGUCUGUACGAUCUAUAAGCAUACCAUCAGAACAUUCUCACUCAUUUACACAAACAUCAAAUAUAACAAAAUCAGAUACAAAGAAUCUUAACUUACUUACAGGAAUAAAUAUAAGCGAUUCAACAUGUAAGGAAACACUUGAGCAGCCUACAUUUAAUGUCGUUAAUAAUGUUGCUGAAGUAAUAAAUGCAGCAAUUAAAGGUGGUUUAAAACAACGUUUAAUUCAAUCUAUUGAAGUCCCAGUAUCAAGUUUAUUUCCAAAUCCAGCUCAGUGUUUAACUGCUCUUGCCAAUACAAUAUCUACCUUACCAACAAUGAAUGAGACAGUUGUUAGUUCAGAUAAUCCAUCUGAUAAGCGAAAUCAAAAUAUAAGUUGUCAAAAUGAAUCUUAUAUCAAUACUAUUAACAUUAAAAAGGAAUUAAUGAAUUCUACCAUGACAAAUAGUCUUCCAAAUGCUGAACCGACAACUCUGACAUCUGGUGAUAAUAAACUUAUUGAUUCUAUCAAUAAGUCUGCUCAGAACAAUAAUUCAACCAAUACACUGAUAAAUUUAUCUCCUACCUCUUCUCAUAUUGUUAGCUUAGCUCAGUUGCAAGCUAUUAUGGCUGCUCUGGCUAAUGCAUCAUCUGUCUCAAUAUCACUGCCAGUUAAUUCGACAGCAUCAACCUCUUCUUUGUCUUUAGCACCAACAUGUUCAGCUACUGUAUCAUCACUGAAUUCUUCAAACCCGUCAAUUCAACAACUAAUAAACCCUUCAACUCCCUCAAUACCAUCAUCUGGAACUAAUGUAUUAAUAAAUACUUCCGGCUCAAGCUUAAAUGUGGCUGGGUCAGUAACUACCUCCGAGGCUGGAAAUACUUCAUUAAUUCCUGGUUUAAAUAAUUUAACUAGUGUAUGCGGUUUUACUCUAACUGGACAAUCUGGUUUCGUAAACAACAACAUUACGACGUAUAAUCCAUCAAUGUCAACAAAUUUCGGAACAAUUAAUUCCAAUAUCAAAGGGAUUACCGUACCUUCGGGUGAAUGUAUUCUCUCUGGUAAUUUAGCCAAUUUAAAUAUUAACAAUAAUAGUAAUUCUGCACAACUAGGUCAUACUGUUGUUGGGAAUCCAGCAUUGAUUAAUUUUAUUUCAGCAAAUAAAUCUCCUGUACAAUCAAGUGUUACAUUAAAUUCGACAAAUGCAACACGUUUAUUAACCAAUUUAGCAACAUCUACAGCUGGGACUAAUUUAUUAUCUUUGGCAAACAAUGGAACUAUCGGUAAUAACACAAAUAUAUGUGGAAGUACUUUACUAGGAGCAACUAAUAUACCUAGUGGCGCAAUUAGUCUAUUAGAUCCACAUCAGGCGUUAUUUGCUGCAGCAGCAGCGGCAGCUGCUCAAAAUAUCCAGAAACCAGGUGUAAACAAUGCUAUAAAUCAAAUAGCUUUGGCUAAUCUAAAAUUAUCUAAUACUAAUGGAAGACAUAUAGGAGCAACUGCUCCAGUAAUCGGUCUUUUAGAUCCAAGAACUGGUCUUCAAUUACGUGUCGCAGACACGUCAACAACAACUUCUGCUAUUCUUACAUCUUCUAAUCUGACUGAUUGUCUUAACAAUAAUUAUUCACAUUCAUCAGAUAAUGAACAAACUGAAACACAAAUUAACGAAUCAAGUCGAAUGACAACUAAUGAGACAGAUUUAAACCAAACGAAUGAACUUGAAACAGGUUCAAAUUAUGAAGAUCAAAUAGACGAAGAAUGGGAACCUGAACAAGAUGAAACAUGCUCAAUCCAAAGUAAUGCACAACAAUUAUGUUUAAAGAGAAAUAAAAUUUGUGAUAAAACAAGUGGAGAUUCAGAAUCACCGUGUAAAAAUGAUCAAUCAAAUGAUCUCAUCCUUACAAAUGAUAUUCAAUCUAAUUUGCUACUCGGGUCGAGUAAUAAACGCUCUUCAAGUUCAGCUAGAAUAAGUGGUGGAAAUUCAUCUAAUAAUCGACGCAGUCUAUCAUCAUCAUUUAAUGAUUCAAGCAAUCAGCAACAACUUCGUCCGCAUCGUCAGAAUUUUACCCCUACUCAAAAUCGUAUAUUAACUGAAUGGUAUCAGUUGCAUCAAGCGAAACCAUAUCCAUCCACUGAUGAUACCAAAGAAUUGGCAAAUAUAUCUGGUUUAAGUUAUUCUCAGGUGAAAAAAUGGUUUGCCAAUAAACGUGCACGUUCUACAUCUAGUGGUUUACCAAAACCUACACCACCACUUGCACCGGAUUCUUCAACAGAUCCUUCAGCUACAGCUGCUCUUGUUGCCGCUGCUGUAGCUGCUGCAACGUCAGCUGUUGCAGAUGUUAAUAAUAUGAUGACAUCGACUUCUACAAGUCCAUUGAAUGUUUCCUCCUCGUCAUCGUCAUCUAACUGUUCUACUAUUAUAUCUAAUAUUAAUAAUAAUGAUACGUCAUUGUCUAUUCAACCAUUUUUAUUAAGAUCAAAAUCUGUAUCAUUUUCAACACAGUCAUAUACUGAUUUAAAUUUUCUUAAAACUGAAAAUGAUAAACAAACAGAAUUUGUAUCUAAUCUUAUUUCGUCUCAUUUACAAAUGAAUGAAGAAAAUAUUCAGUCAGGAUUGUCAUUACAACCGAGUAAUAAUAAUAAUGUAACUGGCAAUGAUGAUAAUUCAGUACAAAUAACAAAAAAGGACAACCAAGAUUUAAUACAAAUCACAGUUGAUAAUCCAUCAACUAGUGAUGAUAUACGUGUAAAUGAUAAUGAUUCUAUGAUUGAUAUGACAACUACUUCAUGUGAUCCCAUUUAUUAUUCUGUUUCAUCACCACCUACUUUACAUGUUCACAUUAAUAAUCGAUUAAGUUCUCCAACUAAUCAUUUAAAUACACUAUCAUCAGUCUCCUCUUCCUCCUCGUUAUCAUUAUCGUCUUCAUCGGAUGAAGAAUAUCACAAACAUGACAAAAUGGACAAUAAUAAAACAACAUUGAAAGAGAAAAAAUUUAAAGUUAAAACGAAAUUGCCUACAUAUGAUAAUGAUUCCAUAUUAAUAAUUUCUGAAGAAACUGAAAAUAAUAGUGAUAAUAACAAUAAUAAUACUUCUCUAAACUGUUCUCCAUUAGAAGCAAUAAAAAAUAUAAAUAUGAAUUGUACUAAUGUGUCUACUACUGAUGUAAGUACCUCUAAUAGCAGUGUAUACAGUAGUAAUAAUGUAAAAAGUGAAUCACUCACAUUGGAGAUCAGUUAA